GACGGACACAUUUCCUUCUCAGGAUAUUGCAGCAUGAAGAAGGAGCAAGUUGCCAACUGUCAGUUCUCCGUUUGGUAUCCCAUAUUCAAGAAACAUACGAUCAAAAGCCUGAUUCUUCCACUGCCUCAGAAUGUAAUUGAUUAUUUAUUGGACGAUGGCACCCUGGUAGUCUCUGGGAGUUGUUGCAGUUUCCCGAACGCACCAGCGGCACACACCAACAACAGUGGAUCGGAGGAAGAGGAAGAUGUUCAGUGGUCAGAUGAUGAAACCACCACAACAGUCACUGCUCCUGAGUUCCCAGAAUUCACCUCCAAAGUGCUGGAGGCCAUAAACGCCUUGGGUGGGAGCGUCUUCCCCAAACUCAACUGGAGUGCUCCUCGGGAUGCGAAUUGGAUCGCCCUGAACAGCUCUCUGCAGUGUUUCAGCCUCAGCGACGUAUUUCUGCUCUUCAAAAGCUCCGACUUCGUCACUCACGACCUCACACAACCAUUCCUGCAGUGCAGCGACCAAGACUCUCCAGAUCCACUCAUCAAUUAUGAGCUGGUCUUGAGGAAGUGGAGCGAGCUGAUCCCCGGUGGGGAGUUUCGUUGUUUCGUCAAAGAGAACAAGCUCAUCGCCAUCUCCCAGAGAGACUACACCCAGUACUACCAGCACAUCCUGAAGCAGGAGGAGCACAUCCGCCAGGCCGUGCAGGAGUUCUUCAGCCAGCACAUCCAGUACAAGUUCCCGGAUGAAGACUUCGUGUUUGACGUCUACAGAGACAGCCAGGGACGGGUCUGGCUCAUCGACCUGAACCCCUUCGGCGAGGUCACGGACUCGCUGCUGUUCAGCUGGGACGAGCUGCUGUCAGGUGGAGAAAUCACCCGGGACCAUCAGGACGGCCCGUCUUUCCGCUACACCACCAGCGAGGUGACGGUGCAGCCCAGUCCCUGUCUGAGCUACAGAAUCCCGCGCGACUUUGUGGACCUCUCCACCGGAGAAGACGCCUUCAAGCUCAUCGACUUCCUCAAGCUGAAGAAAAGCCAACAGGAAGAAUCUGAGGACGAGGAGGAGGAAGAGGAGACGGCUCCGCAGUGACGUCGCCGCCAUCAUCAUCAUCAGCUCUUCACAUGUCUGCAUGAAGUGACUCUUCACCGAUCUGUCGUCGUUUUUCCCUUCUUUGAAUGCUGUUUCCUUCCCGUCCUCUGAGCAGGUCGUCGUGUACCAGGCUUUUCUCCGCUGACACUCGUGUGUUUCUGACAGAACAUGUUACAUUAGUGGCCCGUGUAAAAACCCCUUCAAGGACGGCAACACCGACGUAGCGGCCGGAGUUUCUCAUUUCAGUUUGUGAGGCGUGUGUUCACUAAUACUGUACAGAUCGCCUGCUUUUACUGUAUACUUUGAAUAAGAGUGUAUAAUAGUUGAUGUCUCUGGAAUAAAAAGGAACUCGGUAACCGGCA